UCCUUGGCCACUCUCAAACAGAGACUGACAAUUGUACUGAAUUACUCAGGAACCAUUUGGGUGUUUACAGCAAUCAGUGGACUUUUAACCCUGCGGUCUGAUGGAACAAUCCACAGUGCGAACAAUAACUUUCCACUGAUGCUGUUUGGGUAUGAGAAGGCAGAACUGCAGGGGAAGGUAGAGGUGUCUUCAUUUUCUCUAAAUCUGUGUAAUUCAUCCCUAAAAUCUAACACUCCAUUACUGGCUGGCAAUGUGGAAUUAAUUCAGGAGGAGAAGCAAAGGACAUCUGCUGGCAGAAAGGUGGAAAUCUUUACUGGAACCAGUACCAGACUGGAGAACGAAGGAAGUGUUCCAUCAACACUGUCCUCCCCUGCAGUGACGUCCACCCCCUUUAGCGGAUUACACUAUAGCUUAAUGAAGUUCUCCACACCCUGCCUUCAUGGAACAGAACAAACUGGCUCCAUGCAGGAACCCAGAAGGGCAUCAGACAGUCAGCGCCUUAACUGUUCUCUGCAGCACCAGAAUUUGCCAAGGAGAUCAGAGAAGAGAGAACCUCAGACUGGCUCCACAAGAUUGGGCAGAGUGGUAACUCCACAGCAUAGCUGGUAUGGAAUCAGCAAAGAAGGAGAUGUCAAGCCCUCUGCCGGAGGGUGCCAAGGUUACCUUAAUGGCUCUCCAGGUAACCCCACUCUGUAUGAGGUGUGGCCUGGAAGACAACCUACACUUGAUCUCCUGGCUAAUAGAUAUAGAGAAAACUCCAGCUUUGAAGUUGUCUUUCACGGAAGUAAAUUCCCAGUUGUGUCCAAUCCUGUUUCCAGUUUAAUUUCUCAGGAGUCUAGCAGCUACCUUAAUGUGAAAGUGGAGUCCAAUGGUAAUCUGAUCACUCAAGCCAUGCAGGAUUUGGAUCUGAAUGGCAGUCUGGAACUGGUUUCUCCAGAUCUCUCCUCCUGUUCCACCUCUGAGGUCCUCAGGACACCCUCUCCCUACAUGGUGGAGCAUGGUGAGGGAAAGGAGCUUCUUCCAUACUCUGCGGGGCUGGAGGAGGCAGUCACCACUGCAUUGUCUGAUCAAAGUGGGGAAAGGCAGUGUAGGUCUUUGGAAUUUGAGAUCCGGAAAGUGGAGCUCCCUGAGCAGCAGACCCUGUUUUGCCUCUGGAUGUUGAGAGACCACCUUGAGACUCAGAGAGAAGCUGUCAUGAGGAUGAAGCUCCUCCUGUCCAGCCUAAACAGCACCUCCGAUUUCCUCCCUGAUGUUUCUGGCAUUAGCCUGGGGGAGGUGAUCCAGGAGACGGCUCGGGGUGAAGGGCUGCGGUGCUCCCAGGACCUGGAGGACUCACGGGCCUGCAAGGGGGAGUCCAGCCAGAAGUACGUCACCAUCAGCGCUGUCGGCAAGGGAGCAUUCGGCUUUGUCUGGAGAGCACAGCAAAGAACAGACUGCGAGGAGCUGGUGGCAGCUGUAGGUUACCUGCGUGCCAAGAACAUCCUGCACCGAGACAUCAAAGACGAGAACAUUAUAAUUGAUACCCAUUUUCACAUCAAGCUUAUAGACUUUGGGUCGGCCGCUUUUCUUGAGCCAGGCAAACUCUUCUACACUUUCUGUGGGACCCUGGAGUACUGCUCUCCUGAGGUUCUCAUGGGAAAUCUGUACGUAUUUAAACAUGUUAGCAUUAAAUGUGUUACUGCUAUCUUAGGUAUGAGGGUCCUGAGCUGGAAGGUGUGUGUCUUUCCUUUUAUAUUACCUCCUUCUGGUACUCUUCCUAAAGAGUACCAGAAGGAGGAGAGGAUGAGGCUGGAGGAGCUGCUGCAGGUGCCCUGGCUGUCACAGCCUAUCAACCUGGCUGAGUACAGCUGGGAGGAGGUGUAUCCUGCCAGGCAAGAUUCCCCUCGAUGCAGGAGUGUCUGUCUCAUGGAGGGGGAGAAGGGCUGCUUGAAGGACUCUCAGACUCCCAGGCAUGGUAUAUACAAGGCUCCCACAGACACCAUGGAUCCCGAAGAAGAUGAAGACUGGAGACUGAACUUCUUAAAUGCCACCUCAGCCAGGACUGAGUGUUUUCAUAUGCUGCAGGACAAUGAGACUGAAAAUCUGAUAAACAGAUCAGGGAAGUAUAAUGCCUGCCACUACAUUUGA